GUGCGCAAACCGGCGCACCGUCGUGCGCCGCAACUAUGGUUUUUUGUGAUGAAGAGAAAUUGGCAGAGCUCGUUUUCUGUCAUUGGAGUGGGAAAGAUUAAUGCGAUCAUGGCAAGAACCAUGUUUCGUUAGUGAUUGAUGAUUGGGGUACAUUUGUCAUGUGUCGUUAAUCCAAUGGCCGCAGAUUUUCAAUGUAUGCUUACAUGUGGCUUGCCACCACUUUGCUGACAAUUGCAGAUGGGAGCCUCUACCUCGCAACGCCCGUGGACGUGAUUUUUAUUGCUUUGCCAAUCCUCGAGGUGGCGCGGAUGAAGAAAGGCGAUGAUGCAGGGAAAUUCCGUGAUCUGGAUGAUGUGCUAUAUGUUGCUGGAUUUCCCGGUUACAGUAGGCUGAAGACGCUGCUGGAGGAGCAGUUAGAGCUUGUUUGUGAUGUCCAAGAAGAUAAGAUCCAAAGUCGAAGCAGCUUUACCUCUAUUUCGGACAAUGAAGCACACUUGAGAUGAGGCAAUCCUACAAUGGAACAUAUAGCAAGCAAAAUGAAGCACAAUCCCUACA